AUUUAUUUGGUGACAUUAGUACUAACAUACUUUAUGUGACCAUAUGUUUUGCAGGAUGUCGGGUGGGCCCAUCAACUCCGCACGUAGUCGCAGCACAUUAGGGAGACGAGGACGUCACAACUCUGUAGAUCUUGCAUGUGACGUUACCCCAGUAUUGGACGCGGGGCAUACUCGGUCUAUUAGUCCACAAGGUUCCAUUCAUGCAGCAGCCUCAUCCCAUAAUGGGAAGCAGAAGGGAAGAGGUCCAAACAAACCAAAAAGGGCUGCAAGAAGAGCAGAUGAAAGACCAUUGAUACAAAUUUCGCAUAAAGGCACCUUCUUGGAUGUUGAAGAUGAACGGGAUAAGUGGCGUGCAAAUGGUGAGUAUAGGCCAGUAUGGGUGCCUGAGCACCUAUGGCCUGCAUUAUGCUCUUAUUGGGAUUCUGCUAAGUUUCACAAUCUUAGUGAGAGGGGGAAGAAAAACAAAGCAUUUGGGGAACGAGUUACACACACUACAGGAUCAACCAAAGCUGCUGGGGGGUUAAGGCUAGCACACCAAGAGCUAUACAAGGAAACACGUACUUUACGAAAAGGUGUCCCCCAAGGACAAGAAGCUCCAUGGUGUGGCGACAAACAUAAGACUCGGCAUGAUACAUACAUCAGUGAGUGCUCUGCUACAUAUGGCUCGGACUCAGCAUCAUGGCCACCUCGGGACAAUGACGCUUGGGCAACUGUUGUUGGGGGAUGCCAUAGCAAUUUCAUGCCAGGAAUUGGUUCACAGGCAUCUCUAUCGCAGCAAUUUGUUGCUUUUAGUGCCUACGGGAUGCGCCCACCUACUGCUACCCCAUCAUUGCCUCACACUGGGCAAGCAUGUCCUCCUGUAGGGGCAUCAUUCCCUACUGUUGGGCCAUCGUUUCAUGCUAGUGGGCCAUCAUUUCCUCAUGCAAUGCCAAUGCAAAUGCCAAUAGAACCUACAUUACCCAUGGGCCAAAUGGGGAGACAAUUAGGAUCUCCAGGUACAUCUUCAGCCAAUCCCCCACAAGAUGAUUAUGGUUACCAGCUGAGAUUUGAUGUAGAUUACCAAGGUCCAUUUGGGUCGGAAUGAUCAGUGUGCAUGAGAUUGCGAACGCAAAACUUGGCAUGUUCUUGAUACUUGAGGAAAAUACUUUUAGUUUCUGGGUUUGUGAUUUAAACUUGUUAGGACAUGUGUGUAUAUGUUAGUUGGAAUUGAAUGGUUUGUGGUAAUAUUAACUGUAUUAUUAUGACUUGCAAGUUUAGAAUAUGUAAAUAGUCAUGUUAAAUGUUGCACGUGGUACUUAUAUAUUUAUAUUUUAAUUUAUGAUUAUGAGAUGAGGGAAUUAUAUAAGUGGUACAUAUUUAUAAUAAUGUGAUGAAUUGAAA